AUGGGCCGGCCGGACCUCAAGGGGGAAGAACACGUGCAUAUCCACGUGCCUGGGACGCUCGGGGUCUUGGCUCGGCCCAACGCUACCCUGGCGGAGAUCUGGGAGGCUCGGCCGGACCUGCUAGGCUCGGGGCGGCGGUACUUUCUGACCACGCGGCUGCGGGGGGAGUUGGGGGGGGCCAAGGGGGGCGCGGGGGGGCGCGGAGGCGGAGGGGGGGGCGUGGAGCGCGCGAGUGCCAAGGUGGAGGUGCUGUUUCAGGGAGGGGACAGGCUGAGAGCGGGGUCGAGAUACCGCGCGCACUGCUGGCUGGGUGAGUCUGAUGUAGGAUGCUAA